CAUGGCGACGGCCUCCGGACGUAACUUCCGCCCGCGGCCGGAAGUUGGGGUCCUGUGAGCAUGGCAGCAUCGAAGGUGAAACAGGACAUGCCCCCUCCGGGGGGCUAUGGCCCCAUCGACUACAAGCGGAACCUUCCGCGUCGGGGACUGUCGGGCUAUAGCAUGUUCGCUGUGGGCAUCGGGACCUUGCUGUUCGGGUACUGGAGCAUGAUGAGGUGGAACCGCGAGCGCAGGCGCUUGCAGAUUGAGGACUUCGAGGCCCGCAUCGCGCUGAUGCCACUGUUGCAGGCAGAGAAGGACCGGAGGGUCCUGCAGAUGCUUCGAGAGAACCUGGAGGAGGAGGCCAUCAUCAUGAAGGAUGUGCCCGACUGGAAGGUGGGUGAGUCUGUGUUCCAUACAACGCGCUGGGUGACUCCCGUGAUGGGCGAGCUGUAUGGGCUGCGUACAAAUGAGGAGAUUGUUGACGCGGCCUAUGGCUUCAUUUGGUACACGUAGGGGGCCGCUCCCCUUGGACCCCUUGGACCCCAGCACCCUCCCCACUGGAAAGAAUAAAUGCUCUGGAGACCUGCC